AUGGAAUCAGCCACGGCGAGAUCGCCUGACUCGCAGCCUUCAUCAGUGUCUAUGAGCGAGCCUGGUGGUGGGUUAGAUUGUAUGUCCGAGAUGUCAUCGCAGAGCGAUCCUCCUUCCGGUGGCGGUCAUGGUCUCAGCGGACCAUCCGCCAUCUUGCACGAAAUACUUCAAACCUAUGAUAGCAGAGUCAGGCCAAACUAUGGGGGAGCAGCUACGAAUGUCGCCUGCAGUAUCAAUAUCAUUAGUUUGGAUUCCGUCACUGAAAUUACGAUGGAUUUCGGAAUGACCAUCUUAUUGAAAGAAUACUGGAACGAUCCGAGACUGGCCUACGGAAAUAAAUCCGACUUGCCCUACCUAGGUUCCGGGAAAGACAUGAUAGAACAGAUCUGGGCUCCGGAUUUAUUUUUCGCCAACGAGAAACAGGCGAAUUAUCAUGACGUCACGCAACCAAACAGACUAGUUCGCAUCUAUCCAAAUGGAGACAUCUAUUAUAGUAUGAAAUUGACAUUGGUUCUCUCGUGUCGAAUGAAUUUUGAAGCUUUUCCCAUGGACAUGCAACGAUGCAAAACUGUCGUGGAAAGUUAUCAGAGUACAGAUAAUGAGUUAACGCUCGAAUGGAAGGAGCCCGAAGCAGUCGUCCUCAACACAGGCAUUAUGUUGCCUCAGUUCAGUGUUAUACCUGAACUCAGUCAUGGACCUUGCACCGAUCUAUUUUACACCACAGGCAACUAUUCGUGUAUCGAGUUCUCUUUCGUGCUCAUCCGGGAACUCACCUUCUACGUGGUGCAGGCCUACAUGCCUACCGCUCUCCUCGUCAUCAUCUCCUGGGUAUCCUUCUGGAUCGACAUCAGUCAGGCUGCCGCCCGGGUCUCUCUCGGCGUCACUACUAUCCUGACGAUGACCACCACCACGACAGGUUACGCUGGCUUCGCCGGCCUGCCUAAAGUUUCCUAUACGAAGGCCAUCGAUAUUUGGUUUGAUGCUUGUUUAGCUUUCGCCAUAGCCAGCUUAUUUGAAUACUCCGUCGUUCACUAUCUAUGGACAAAGGACAGAACAGAGAGACAAAGACAAAAAGUAUUGAGAAAAAGUAACAAAAAGUUUAAUUUUCCAAGCAGCUGUUUGGGCCGUCAAGAAAACGAGUCUCCAAACCACCAUCAUCGUCACCAUCAUUCGGCCCCGAGUGGUCGAUCAACCGACUACAUCGUCGCCAUCGACGAAAACAAGCCCUACCCGGACCCGCGAUUCGCCAAUUACAACUACGGACCGACCUACCGACCCGUCCGAAAUAACCAAUACCGCGCCAACUACGACGGCGACGCCGCCAGAAUGGAUUCUCUCGAUGAGGACGUGGAGCAUGGAGUAUCGUACACCCCGAACAACCGCAGAGACUGUCACGUCCCAGGAGAAAAAGAACACCCUGUUUUCUUUGGGCUCUUCAAGUCUUCUUCGUCAUCAUCUUCGCCUUCUCAGGGCUCGCAUCGGAGUUCCAAACUGCUGGCACUGCGAAUCGACCAAACGGCCCGCGUCUUCUUCCCCUUGACGUUCCUCCUCCUUUCCGUCGCGUACUGGUCGUAUUAUCUAAACAGGCGUUCGGUGUCUACUUUACAAUGAUGACGUAUGAUAGGUGCGUUUGCUGCUCAAACUUAUAUUAAGCGCUGGCAAAAGUUCCUGGACUAUUUAGACCAUUGUGAGCAUUUUAGUACAACCUUUCAAGACGCCUUCUAUCAGAUGUGUUCCAGCACCUGACAGCGCACAUCCCUCCCACAGUCGAGGACGUAGGAUCGAUGAUGUUAACAAAAGUUGAUUUUGACGGUGUCAUCAGGAUUCGCAAUUGAGAUAUUAAUGAAUGAUAAAAUGCAUAAGUGUCAUUGACUGAGGCUAUUGUCUCUUGAAGAGAUACAUAGGAAGGGUGGGAAAGGAUAAUCAAGAUAAUAGUCGAAAUAAGAGGAAGGACACUACAUAAUCGAAUCAACUGAAUGAUAGGACUUUGGUAAUAUGAGGAAAACUUCACAAACGAUGGAAUGACCUUGGCACGCGCUGCGAAUUUGAUGUUAGAAGACUCGGAAUAUCAAAGCGAUUUUACUCCCCGAUGUUAUUAUCCCAGUUGUUGGCCUACCACUUUGAUUUUCCUGAGUAUGUCAUAAAGAGGAAAAUGUCCAUGUGAAUUUGUAACCUGAACUCGAAGAAUCUGUUGUAUUUAACUGUAACCAGAUUGAUUCCUUUAUUUUGUCGAGAAAUUUAUACCAUUACACAUGAAAAGGUUAGCCAAAUUAAAUGACCAUACUAGUAGAAGGGGCCGGAGAGUGAUUAUUGAAUAGAAUAAAGUUGUUAAGAUUCUACCACCUUGUUUACACUUAUUUUGGUUUUGAGUGUUAAAUUAGUGUAAAGUGGGUCAUAUAAAUAUCUUGUAACCGGAUAUUGUUUGAAAAAGUUAGAUAUUGUAGUGACUGGAUCGGGAAAACCAGUGAACAGGUGCAUCUGUACAGGUACAUUUUCUCCAAUGAAUUGCUAACUGAUUUGAUUUCAUUGUCUCAGUUUCAUCAACCAAUAAAUUCAGUUUCCUCUAAAGCGCGCAUGCUUUUAAAAUAUCCCACCGUGUACAGAAAAUGGCACUGUCACCAUUUAAGUUGUACUGUAACCCUUUCUAGCCCUUUAAAAUGUCUUCAAUGACACUGGUCCUCUGAAAACACGUACAUUAAUACCAUUGAGAUGUAUUUCCUUUGGGCGUUAUUGAAUAAUAUCUCCAUACUUUGUGCAUCGUUUGAAAUUCAGCAAACCAUACGACAAAUAAAAUAGACUGCAUUUUGUCACAAAGGGCGCUUGCAGAAUAAUACCGUCCAUUUCCGAUUGAAACGCCAUUCCUUUUUCAAAUUUUAACUGAAGAGAAUAAAGAUAUCAUUUCUGUAAAACAAGUGCACGCAUAGUAACCAAAAAUGCAUAUAGCAUUUCCAUUUAUUUGAAUGUAGGAUAAAAAAGCACUAUCCAUUUCGCCUUGCUCGUGGUCAUGGGCAUAGGUGCCGUGGAGGGAAUCGAACCCAGGACUUUGUCUAUUCAGGCGCCUUUGGCACCUCGAAAUAAUUUUGCGAUAUCAAUGUCUUUUUGAUAACCCCGCUUUGGUAGGAAUCCUAUGAUAUAAGUUUGUUAAAUUGAAACUUGUGGAAACAAAAAUAUACAGAGUAGUAAGAGAAAAGCAACAAUAUCUCUUGAUCAAUGUUGUUUAUUGACCAUGCUGAUUGUCGGUGAUUAAAUCAUAAUUGACAUGAUAAGUAAGUUGUAACUAUAUAUGAGAUAUUCUUGUAAAUAUAUUCAUUAUAUCAUUAUUGCGAUGAUAUUAUUUUUAUGCUGUAAAUCAUAUUGAUGUUUUUCUAUUUCUUCCUUCUGCAUUAUCUUACAUUCUAUGCAUUCUCACUAUGCUCAUGGCUUACAUAAAUUUGAAAAUUAACCAAAUAUAAUGAAGUUAUGUUUAACACAAUUAGGGGGGCACCAGAGUAUUUGGAAGGGAAGAGGGCGGGGGGGGGGGCAAGACAGCCUGUCCCCCCCCCCCGAUUAUAAGGGUAUUAAUAGAGUUACACAACCUAUCUUUUCGAUAUUCCCUUUUCUUCUGUUUUUUUGUCUGUUGUUUCCCUUUUUCUCCUCUUCCUCGUUUUUUAAGACUCCUUCAAAAUUCAAAAGGGAGGGCGAUCGCCCCUGCCCUUGUAACAUACUUCGCCAACCGUUACUUUUUAUUCCACAUGUUCAUCGUGUUCAAUCUCAGCAGUAUUCAUUAAAUAUGUUGAUGGGGCUCUAAGACUACGCCUCCUCACAAUCCCAGUCCAAAAUAAUGAAAAAAAAAUUCUAAACAAAGGAAAUGCAAAUGGCAAUUCACAAAGUAAUUAUAUACAUUAUAUUUUACUUCCUGUGACAUUACAAUAUGUACAAUAAUCACCUCUGAUGAGAAGUUGGUUAUUAGUGAAAGAAGAAAACUUUAAAGAAAAAUAUCGAACUUUGUCGGAAAUCCAUAAAAAAGAAGACAUAUAGCUACUUAAGUUUGUUAGAUAUAUUCACGCAUCUUCCCAUAAAGUCAUGUUAAUAUAAAUUCCACAAAUUUAUAAUUGCAUUUGCCUAAAAUGGUUGAUUUGUUUCUCUCUUAUGCGAUGAUAAUGUUUGAUAAACGCAGGUAAAACAAUAUCCGAUUUUCUGAGAAAUUUGCAUUUUAUGGAAUCUAUAUUGAAUGACAUAUGGGGUAGAUGCUUGCAUGCGAAAAACCUUUCCAAAUCUAUACAAAACUUUACAAAUCUGUGAAAUAUUUGACGGCCUUUCCACCUUCAUAAAUUCAUUUUUGCUAUUACUCAAACCAACCGUGUUUUUUACAUCAAGAUGUUAUCAUAAAAAUUGUAAACUUGGAAAUGCAAUCGCAAAGGAUCGUAGCGUUAGUCUACGUUAUCAAAAUCAUAAAGAAAACUUACAAAAAUAAUUUUAUCAAAAUUGAAUGAAUGAUCGAAAAUCCAUUAUGAGUAUAACUUUCAGCUGACCAUUUUGGUUCCACUGAUAUGCAUGCAUUUGAUGGUCUUAAAUCACAAUUACUGGGAAAAUACUGUAUAAAGAAUGUGUAUAUUUGUUUUAUCUUUAUUAUAUUAUGUUAUUGUAUUUGAUUUGCAUUAUCAUCUGAUUUAUACCCCUGUAUUAAAGCAUGUAAUAUUGUACCUUCUUUUAAUAUUAUCUAAUUUCAAUAUUGUUCCAAAUUCUUGCAGGAGUGCUAAGUUUGAUUAAAAACCGUAAGUCUUGCAACUAC